AUGGCAGGCCUCGAGUCGCCUCUAGCCCCCAUAACCAAUGGCAUCGGCCGCACCAAUGGCACUCUCAACGGCAAUGGCAAUGGCGAUCUUCACGACGGCAUCUCCGAGCCCGCCAUUGCCUUUGAUCCCUCAGUCUUUCGUUCAUAUCUUCUCUCCCUCCUUCCUCCACUUCUUGCUGCAUCUCCAGAGGAGCUGGAAUCCAUCUUCGACGAAGACUUUCACGACCGUGUCUCACGCUUUGCAGGAGAGGGCUCCGGCGUCAUCUAUGUCGUGAAGAAGAAGGAAGAACACGAAAGCGAGGACGCCCCACCCACAUACUCUUACAAGCUCACCCAGACACUCACUUACGACCCUUCUCAUGUCACCACUCUUGCAAUUAUCAAGCGAGGGCCUCUCCUUGAUCCUACAUCCCCAUUGGCAACACAACUUCAGGUCAUGAACCUCUUUGGCAGUGAUGAGACUCCCUAUGAGAGUCUACAUGCCCUCAUCAGCAGUGCCAUGAAGCCCUAUUUCGAAGCAUUCGCCGCUGCCCGUGGUGGCGGCAAGGACGGUGACGGCAAAAUGGGUAUCCCCGUCACCAAGAAGAAAUUCGCCGAGCUCGAGCUCUCCCUCCUACACCUCCAGCAGAACGUCGAAAUCCCAGAAACGCACCUCGUCAUCCAUCCUCUCAUCCAACGCAUUGUAGAGCAAGCCCGCGCUAAUGGUUCAAGGCCAAGUAUUGCCGACAUCCCCACCAGGCAGCUCAACGAUAGUUCUUUCCUCAACACCCUCCAGAGUCACGUCAAUCAAUGGAUCAAGUCCAUCCAGACCGUCACCAAGCUCACCCGCGAUGUCAGUUCCGGAACCGCGUCCCAAGAGAUCAACUUUUGGCUUAGUUUGGAGCGCGCACUCGAGGGCAUCGAGGCGCAACUACGGAGCGAGGAAGUCAACAUGGUCAUGGAUUGUCUCCGAAAUGCGAAGCGUUUCCACGCGACGGUCAGUUUUAUCGCUGAUACCGGUCUGAGGGAUGCGACAGACACCGUGCACAAGUACAAUCAGCUCAUGAAGGACUUCCCGCUGAACGAGCUGUUAUCCGCAACCGACCUCGAUAAAAUCCAGGAAGCAGUCGUCCUCAUCUUUGGUCACAUCAAUCGCAAGCUCAGGCUGUCCCCCUACCCCAUCCGCCGCGCUCUCCCCCUCGUCGAAGCGAUCUCUAAAGAUUUUAAUGACCAGCUUCUCCGCGUCCUCACAUCUCACCGUCUGCUCUACACGCCGUACGAGACAUUCGAGCGUCUGCUCUCUCAGACCAUGGCCAUCUUCCGCACUUGGGACGACCACAUGAAGGAGUUUACUAACGUCGCCCGUGAGGUCACCCGCAAGCGUCAGGAGAAAUUCAUUCCCAUCAAGGUCAUUCCCGCGCAUGCGAAGCUCCAGGACCGCAUCCGUUACCUCCGUGACUGGCGCAAGCAGCACGAGCAGCUUGCGGUCAUGACGGCCCCUACCAAGGGCCUCAGCGGCGUGGGUACGGAGAUGGGUAGCAUGGACAUGGAAGCCGAGGUCAAGGAGGCUUACGAGGUCAUGAAGCGGAUAGACGUCCUCGAUGUUUCAACUGAGGGUAGCGAGAUCUGGGUCGCAGCCGAGAACGCGUAUAAUGAGCGCGUUGCUCGCGUCGAGAACCAGAUCAUUGCUCGUCUGCGUGACAGGCUGGGGACAGCGCGUAACGCGAAUGAGAUGUUCCGCGUUUUCUCGAAGUUCAACGCGCUCUUCGUUCGCCCGAAGAUCCGUGGCGCGAUUCAGGAGUACCAGACACAGCUCAUUGACUCCGUAAAGGAGGAUAUCAAGCGUCUGCACGACAAGUUCAAAACGCAGUAUCGGUUCUCCGAAGCGUACCACAUGUCGCAAAUGCGCGAUCUCCCUCCUAUCUCAGGGGCAAUCACUUGGGCGCGUCAAAUCGACCGCCAGCUGCAGACGUAUAUGAAGCGUGUAGAGGACGUUCUUGGAAAGGGAUGGGAGCUGUACGCCGAGGGUCAGAAGCUUCAAUCCGAGUCAUCUGCCUUCCGCAAGAAGCUCGACGUCCGGCCUGUGUACGAAGCAUGGCUGCACGACAUCAACCGACGUGACAUGGGCGUCGGCGGGCGACUGUUCGAGAUCGUCCGCUUGCGCGGUGGUGGCUUCCAGCUCGCAGUGAACUUCGAUCCGCAGAUCAUUACGCUCUUCAAGGAGGUUCGCAACCUCCUCUGGCAGAAUUUCCAGGUGCCGCAUGCAAUCACGAACAUGGCCAAGGACGCUAAACGGGUAUAUCCUCACGCCGUUAGCUUGAUGGAGACUGUACGGACGUAUGGACAAACGUUGGAUCUGGUCGAGAAGAACAAGGGCAUUGAGUGGCUUGUCGCGGAAUACCGAAACGAGGCACAGCGCAUGGUUGGGCGGGGUAUGAAUAUUCGAUGGGACUACUUCGUCAACCAGUAUGACACUGCAAGAUAUGUGUCUGGCGAUGGUGCCCGCGACAACCGCCAUAUUCUGUUCGUCAGGGAGUUCGCCAGUGUCGUCUCUAUCCUUCAGGACAAGACAAACAAUGUCAUCGACUUGUACAAGGAUAUUCAACGAUCAAUCGAGGAGCUGUCAACAUGCCCGUACACGCCAGAAGCAUUCCGCGAGCUUUUGAGCAAAAUCCAAGCAGCGAUCGAUCGACUGAAUUUGGAGGGCUAUGCCAACUUAGACCAUUGGGUAGCUGAGCUCGACCACCGGAUAGAGGGCAUCCUCCUCCAGCGCGUAACACACGUCAUCCAGCAGUGGUGCAGUGAGUUCGAGCGGGCGGAUGAUAACGACCGGAGAGAAGCUGCAACGAUCAACAAGCGUCGAGAUAAGCGUGCCAAGGAUGACAAGUCUGCAGAAGGACAACUGGUCUUAACUCCUAUCGUCCACGAGAUUCGUAUUCAGAACCAGGUCAUCUUCCUGGAUCCGCCAAUCGAACAUGCUCGUGCGAUUUGGAUCCGGCAGCUGCACGAGUGGUUGGGGACCGUGUGUCGUCUACGACGGAUACAGAGUUCGCGUUACGAGAUCGGCCUACAAAUGCAGGGACACACAGCCACCGAUCUCACAUACACCUCCCUUCUGACGAAGUUCCCUGAUGCAACACUGGAGAAGCCAUUCGCACUGAUCGAACAGAAGGUUCAGUCGUUGCGUGAAUACGUUGCCAAAUGGCUCCAGUUCCAGUCCUUGUGGGACCUCGAGACGGAAUACGUCUUCAACCGCCUUGGUGACUCGCUCGCAAAUUGGCAACAGCUUCUCACCGAGAUCAAGAAGGCGCGAUCUACCUUCGACACCUCGGAGACGCAGAAGUCAUUCGGCGUUUGCGUCAUCGACUACGAACAGGUGCAGGCACGUGUCAACGCGAAGUACGACGCCUGGCAGCGCGACAUCCUGAGCAGGUUCGGCGUCAAGCUCGGCAACGCGAUGAAGGAGAUGCACGCCGCGAUCCUCAAGGCUCGCAACGACCUCGAGCAUCAAUCAAUAGAAGGUCUUGUGGGACCUCCUCGCAGGUUCUAA